AAUGCGAACUGAAACGGAAUGGGAAAGCGAGAUUCGGUCUCAAGGACAAGAAUCUGCAAGAAGCCACAAAUCAGAAUAUCCCGAAGAUAGUUUUUACCGCCAUCAGAAAACUCCAUUAAAAACUUCGUCAAACAAAAUCGAGGCUUGGAUCGAAAAAGAAAAUCGGAAAAAAGAUAAUUCCGUUCCAUCACCAGUCUCCACCAACUCGUCGUCUGAUGACCGCACGGGAUUUGGUGGCCUACCUUUACAAGUAGAAAGUUCACCGCCUGAUGGCAAAUCACCGUCUGAUGACAGGAUGAUAGUUCCCCCUUCGCACUUCCAGCAUCGUCCACCGUCUGAUGACCGGCAUGGACGUGUGGGUAAAGUCUUGUCUUUAACUUCCACUUCGACGCCGAAAGACAUGGCCAAAAAAAUUUUCAGUAACGCAAAUAGGGAUUUAAUUAAAAAUAAAACUCAAUCAUCACAGUCUCGUGCAGGAAUUACGAUUGUCCAAGAAUGCCGAAAAUAUUUCGAUGCUACCAAAUAUCAAAGACACUCAGCCGUUCUCAACAACACAGUCGAGAAUACGCUAUUACUUAACUCGAAAACAGAGAUCAUUCAAGCACGAUUACAACCCUUGGAUGCUUUGCUAUCUUCAGACGCUUUACAACUUUCAGACGCUACAGAUACUUUACCACCUAAAACCCCACCACAAACUCCUCGAGAAUUAGCACAUUUAUUAAAUACACCAAACAAACGUCCAAUAGAGAAGGAAGAACUUUGGGAUUACACUGAAAAAAAUUCCGUUAUAUGUGCAUUUGCGUUAACAGCCAAAGAAUUGGAAACAAAAAUUGGCAUAGAACUCACCAAAGAAUUGUCCUCUAUGCGUGAUAGAAGUCCCGUUGUGUGGAAUUCUGCGUUAGAAGAGUAUAUAAAUACGACUCUCAAGGAAUCUGAUGAAAAGUUUAAGAAUGCAGUUAGAAAUAAGAAUUAUAAUGAUAUGGAUGAAGGUUUCCGCCUAUAUUGUGAAAAAGUUCUCACCGACUUCUACAAUCUUGUAGAUGUUGGUCCCACUUUGGAUAGAAAAAUGGGCGAGCGAAAGCAUAUAGUUUACCAAGUAUCAGCACUAUUAAAAUUUUAUGAAAGAACGUUUCUAACCUUGGAUAUUGAUUGGAUUGAGUCUCAUUCCCGUCCGGCAAAACUGAUGAAGUCGGAAUCAAAUUCUGGCAUUGUUCUAGUGGAUGCAAAGGCGACAAGGCUCUCCGAUGGGCUUGACGUUUGGCAUUUAGAAGUUGCCGGUCCUCCCGAUAAUGCACCCAAUAAACACGUUCUAGGUGAUUCAAAGAAAACAUUCCGAACAGAUAUCCUAAAUCUAAUUGCAAUAUUGCGGGAACACCUUGAUUGUGAUAUCAACCUUGCCACAAGGAUAAAGGUGUUCAGUACACUAUCAAUUAGUAAGUAG